GCGAACUAGUGAUGCCGCAAUAUUCCCUUCUGACUAAAGAGAAAGAAAAAAGAAAAAUGCCUUCUGUACCUCUUUCACUCGGCACAUGGAAUCUCCAUUUUCGGUCUCCCCUUCCAUUCUCUUCCCCUUUACACUUUCACACUCCCUCCUUAAACCCUUUUCUCCUCCCCCACAUUCCCAUUCCCCAAACUCCCUCGCUUCUUUGAAUGGACCCUUCCUAUCUCCUCCCAAUCCACCACAACUCCAACGCGCCGCCGCCGCCGACGACGGGGCACUCGAAAUCGCUGUUCUGGCACCACUCUUUCUACUGGGGAAAAAACGUUGAGUUUCUCUUCCCGGGUUGGCCCGGCCGGAGCUCCGGGAUGUACGCUCUGAGCUUGAUUGUGGUUUUUGUGCUGGCGGUUAUGGUGGAGUUUCUGUCCAAUCUCAACUUGGUUAAACCCGGAUCCAACCGGGUGGCGGCGGUGGCCUUCCAGUCCGGGAUUCACGCGAUUCGCGCCGGAUUUGCGUACAUGGUGAUGCUGGCGGUUAUGUCGUACAACGGUGGCGUUUUUAUCACGGCGGCCGUGGGGCAUGCCGUUGGGUAUGUCGUUUUCGGAAGCCCACUCUUCAAAAAGGCGCCCUAAAGAUUCGGAGUUGUCGUUUGGUUAAUGGGCUUCUGGGUUUCUGAUUGGGCUGCAAGUGUGCAAUGAAAUAAAUUAAUUAAUCUUUUAUUUUGGGUUGUGUUUUGCGAAAUUAUAUGAAAAUUUGUUCAUUUUAA